CCGCAGGCCCGCGCCCUGCCCGCCCGCCCGCCCCGACGCAGCCGGCCGGGCCCGCCCGCCCAGGGCGCCGUGCGCCGCGCAGGCCGCGCUCUCCCCGGCGCGAUGCGGCGCUAGGUGGCCCCGGGCGAGGCAGGCGAGGCCAGGGCGCGCGCGGCCUCCCGCAGCGGGCGGCGGGCCCCGGGCGGGCGCCCCGACGGCCCCGCCGCCGCCCCGCGCCGGGCCCGCGGCCCGCCCCGCCGCGGCCAUGGCCAGUGACAGCGGCGGGCCCGGCGUGCUGAGCGCCAGCGAGCGCGACCGGCAGUACUGCGAGCUGUGCGGGAAGAUGGAGAACCUGCUGCGCUGCGGCCGCUGCCGCAGCUCCUUCUACUGCUGCAAGGAACACCAGCGCCAGGACUGGAAGAAGCACAAGCUGGUGUGCCAGGGCGGCGAGGCCCCCCGCGCGCAGCCCGCGUCGGCGCAGCCCCGCGCCGCGCCCCCGCCCGGUGGGGCCCCUGGAGCCGCGCGCGCCGGCGGGGCGGCCCGGCGCGGGGACGGCGCGGCGGCCUCGCGCGUGCCGGGCCCGGAGGACGCGGCGCGGGCCCGGAGCGGCCCCGGCCCGGCCGAGCCCGGCCCCGAGGAUCCUCCGGCCAGUCGGUCUCCGGGCCCGGAGCGCGCCAGCCUGUGCCCAGCGGGCGGCGGCCCCGGGGAGGCGCUGAGCCCCGGCGGAGGGCCGCGGCCCAACGGGCAGACCAAGCCGCUGCCCGCGCUGAAGCUGGCGCUGGAGUACAUCGUGCCGUGCAUGAACAAGCACGGCAUCUGCGUGGUCGAUGACUUCCUGGGCAGGGAGACCGGCCAGCAGAUCGGCGACGAGGUGCGCGCCCUGCACGACACCGGCAAGUUCACGGACGGGCAGCUGGUCAGCCAGAAGAGUGACUCUUCCAAGGACAUCCGGGGGGACCAGAUCACCUGGAUCGAGGGCAAGGAGCCCGGCUGCGAGACCAUCGGCCUGCUCAUGAGCAGCAUGGACGACCUCAUCCGCCACUGCAGCGGGAAGCUGGGCAACUACAGGAUAAACGGCCGAACGAAAGCCAUGGUUGCUUGUUAUCCAGGCAACGGAACAGGCUACGUCCGUCAUGUUGAUAACCCAAACGGAGAUGGAAGAUGUGUGACGUGUAUAUAUUAUCUAAAUAAAGACUGGGACGCCAAGGUAAGUGGAGGCAUACUUCGAAUUUUCCCGGAAGGCAAAGCCCAGUUUGCUGACAUUGAACCCAAGUUUGAUAGACUGCUGUUUUUCUGGUCUGACCGGCGCAACCCUCACGAAGUGCAGCCAGCAUACGCUACAAGGUACGCAAUAACUGUUUGGUAUUUUGAUGCAGAUGAGCGAGCAAGAGCUAAAGUGAAAUAUCUAACAGGUGAAAAGGGUGUCAGGGUUGAGCUCAAUAAGCCUAACUCGGUCAGCAAGGAUGUGUAGCGGGGCCUUAGGUCCGGCAGAGCCCGCUCCACCUCCAGCCACUUGGAUGCCUGCCGUGGGCUCGCGUCCACGUGGACGGGAUGGGCAGAGGCGCCCGCGUUCCAGCCGGGAGCCAGGCGGCCGGCCGCUCCAACAGAGGGCUCCACCUGCUGUGACUGCGGCGUGGCGCUCGGUGCUGGCUGAGGAGGAGAUGCUGCGGGCGAGAGUGGCUUCUCCAUCGGGACGCGAGACAAGGGCCCCUUGUAGGAUUCUCUUCAUUCUUCUAUUUUGCCAGAUCUAUCAUCUAACUGAGUUCAUUUCAUCUCUUUUUUAUAUCAAGUUUGAAUUCGGGGAAUUUUUGUAUUAGGUACAAUUUAUCAAAACUGAAUUAAGAAAAAAAUUUACAGUAUUAUUCUCAAAAUAACAUCAAUCUAUUUUUGUAAACCUCUUCAUGCUAUUAAAUUUUGCCCUAAAGACCUCCUUCAAUGAUUGUCGCCAGUGACUGAUGAUGUUUUCUUUUGACUGAAAGUAAAGAAAGGGCGUUGGGCCCAUGAAGUGCACGCGGUUUUUCUUGGCCUGUCUCACAGUAAAUUGAACUUGUGAGGUCUCUGCUCUCAGGCUUGACCUUCUUAGCAGUGAGGCCUCACAGUAGCAGCUCGCCGCCGAUUCCCGAGGAACUUAGAGUUAGGAGAGGAGAAAAGCCACAGGAAAAGGGUUUAUCUUUUAAGUGAAGUUUUUAAAGCUAAGUGACUGGCACACAGUGAACUUGAGGUCCUCCUCGGCUUCCGGUUCCCAAGACAAAGGGCUUUCUUCUUCAGGUCACAGCCUUGCCGUGGCUUCUCCUUAGUUCGCUCAGAACCGUGGGGCACCUGCUGGCCCUAGGCACGUGGACACGUGUGCGGCUACAGCCUCAGUCUCGGUCAUCAGCUCCUUGGAUAGCUAUGAGCCAUUUUCACAACCAGUAAGGAAAGAUGUGUGUAGCUUAGAAAUCAAGGAAGUGUGGACCAGACACUUUGUUUUAUGGCUUUUUCUCUUUUUAGAGAAAGGAGGGACAGUGUCACAACCACAUGAGACCUGACAGCCUCCUGCCACCGUGCAGCUCCUUUAGGAAGCCAGACUUUGCACAGAUUAUGGGUGGAACUCCGCACCCCUUAGGUGUUCUGUCUCUGACCUUGAUCUUUGCCAAAAUGUGUGUAUACAGAACUAUUUCUGUGUAUUUCACUUAAGCCAGUCUUAGCACCUGUGUAGUUUGUAUCCAAUUAGAGACCUUUUCUAUGGAAAGCUCAGUAAUUCUUAUUAAGAGAGUGCUAUUGUUCAUGUAAAACAUGAAAGAAAAAUCAAGUUGAGCCAAGUGUGGAUUGGGGGUUACUCAGCACUGUACCUGUAUGAGGGGCUCACGGCAGUAAGUCCAGCUCUGUCCCGUCUCCUUCCUUCAGCCCCGAUAACCACCGACCACCUCUCCAGCAAGUGCCUCUGCCAGCCGGCCAGCUCAAGUUUUGCCACCUGGCCCCCAAGCGCCGCAUUUCAGAGUUGGGGUAGAUUGUUCAGCGUCGGUGGUAGAAGGUCUGUUUGAUGGGAGCAGCAGCCUUUAGCGGGGAAGACCCUGGGGUGUUCUUAGCCUUGGACCUUUCCUAACGUACCACAGCCCAGAUUCUGCUGCGGGGGUGGCAGGAGGGGUGUGCUUGCCAGACAAACUUUAAAUUAUGUAUCUUUUGGAAAGUAUGUGCUUUCCUGGAGGUCACUGUGAAAAGUUUAAGAAGUCAGCAUAGUUGUGCCCUUAAUAAGCCCACUCAGACUCACAAUUUCAUGUUAGUGGCACGGAGCAGGACUCUAAAACUGUCUGUGGCCUGUGUGUGUUAAUCCUGGUUAAAGAGAAAGCUUUAUGAUGCUGUUUUUAUUCAACACAUUAACCAGCUGUAGAACAGACCUUUGUCCACCAUAGGCGGAGCACUUCAGGAUGCAGACUCCUGUGGUUCGGAAGCGGGUUUCCUGUGAACUCCUCUCACAAUGCUUGUAAAGCUAAUCUAAUUAAAAAGAUGCAUAAAUGUUCUUGAAAAAACCUAA